AUGAACCCUGAUCUUUAUUAUAUUGUUUGUACGCUUUUCUUUCUCCUCCUCGUCAUUAAAGAUAAGAAAUUGUACUCCUGCUACAAGCAAUACCACUAUUUGUCCCGAUGUCAUUUUGAUAGAACCCGUGGGAAGAGGCGGAGCAUAGACGAAGGCGUUCCAACCGGACUGGGGGAGGUACGUGCUGCGUCAUGUGGUACACGACGCAAAUCGUUGUCGAGUCACGCCUCCUCAAAUCGGGGCCCACCCACAACAAGAGCCCGUAUCGCUUCACAUAACGCAUCGACAAUGGCAGACCAGGCGGCCGACACUACUCCCGUAGCUCCUAAAGUUCCAGCACCAUCAGCUGAAACAUUAGCUGAUGCCGCUGCUGCUGCUCCUAUUGCUGAACCUGCUCCUGCCGAUGCUGUUCCAUCGAAAGUUCCCAAUGCUGAAUCGACUGAAGCUGCUCAAGCUGCUCAGGCAGCUGAAAAUGCCCCUGAAGUUGCACCUGCUAAAGCAGAAGCUUCAGCUCCUGAACCCGUUCCCGCUCCCGCACCCGCUGCCGAGUCUGCCCCUGCUAAUGAAUCUACCCCUGCCAAAGAUUCUGAAGCUGCUCCAGCAGCUCAAUCUGCUCCUGCUCCCGCC